AUGGAUCCAGGUCCUGGAGAUUUAGAGCCGGACUCAACCUGUGAAACACCUGAAAAACCCUCCGGUGAUGAAGCAGCGACCGGCUCAGAGCACCAUGUGCAGGAUCAGGUGGUCGUGGUCGAGACAAGGAUACAAGGAGGUGGAAGGAUACAGGUGACCGUGAAGGACAGGAAGGUGCAGUACAAGGAGCUGGACCUGGAGCUGGACCAGGAGCUGGACCCGGUGAAGGAUCAGGUGGAGGGCAAGGUGCAGUACAAGGAGCUGGACCUGGAGCUGGACCAGGAGCUGGACCCGGUGAAGGAUCAGGUGGAGGACAAGGUGCAGUACGAGGAGCUGGACCUGGAGCUGGACCAGGAGCUGGACCCGGUGAAGGAUCAGGUGGAGGGCAAGGUGCAGUACGAGGAGCUGGACCUGGAGCUGGACCAGGAGCUGGACCCGGUGAAGGAUCAGGUGGAGGACAAGGUGCAGUACGAGGAGCUGGACCUGGAGCUGGACCAGGAGCUGGACCCGGUGCUGGACCCGGUGCUGGACCCAGGGCUGGUGUGGGCUCCCAGAGGGAGGCAUCUGAUCUCUGGUCUGCUGGGUAUGAACAUAGUGCUGCUGGGAUCGGCGCUGGUGGCCGGCCAGGUUUUUAAAGAAAAGGCCUUCAAGCACCAGGAGCCCCAGGUCUUCAUCCAGAUGCUGAUCGCGGUGAGCCUGGUGUGGAUGCUCUGGUACCUGCUGUGGGCCAGGAAACGACCCGGGAUCUGCCCACAUAAGGACCACCACGCCGGGGGCAUCACGGUCAUCUUGGUCCUGGUGCUGUUUGCUGCCUUCAGUCUGCUGCUGUACACCUGUAGGAUCGGUUACCUGGUCAUUAUGAGUGAGUGUAAAUCUGCUGCCUCCGUCUUCUCUCCGUUCAUAGAGGCUCCUUUCCUGGGUCUGCAGACAUAUUUCCUGUGGGCUCACUCCAAAGACUGCAUCCAUAAACACAAGAUCAUCACCAGGUCUGGGCUGAUGCUGAUCCUCUGCUCUGAUCUGCUGCUGUGGCUCAACGCCGUGACAGAGGACACCAUCCACGAGGAGAUCGAGUUAGAAAAACAAGACGAGCUCAAGUUCGGCAACGCAAACUUAUCCGAAGCAGGCGACGUUGGAUCGGGAGUUAAUCGGAGCUGGUGUGACUGUAGCCAGAGCCCCGUGUGCCUGGCGUUCAGGAAAGGCUACGAGGUCCUGUACCCCUUCAACAUAGAGUACUACCUGAUGGCCGGCUGCAUGGUCUACGUCAUGUGGAAGAACGUGGGCCGCCGGCUGAGUGCAGACCACCAGCACCAGCACCAGCACCACCACAGCACCCAGAAGAUCACCUUGCGCAUCGUGUACCAGGGCGGCAUCAUCUACGGUCCCGCCCUCGGCGCCCUGGUCCUGGUGGCGGGCGCCACCGUCUUCAUCGUCUACCAGGUUUGGGUGGGCCGGCCUCAGCAUCGCCUCACCGCCUUCCUCGUCUUUUACGGCUACCAUUUGGCCGUCAUGCCCCUCAUGUCCCUGUGCUCCCUGGCCGGGCUGCUGGUCCACCGGCUGGAGAGGAGGGCCCACGAGGGGGGGCACAACCCCACCCGUAGCCUGGACGUGGUCCUCCUGGUGGCGGCGGCUCUGGGCCAGCUGGCCCUGUCCUACUUCUCCCUGGUGGCGGCCCUGGCCAUGGGGACCAAGGACACUCUCGGGGAACUGGACCUGUACUAUUCCCUCCUCAGCCUCCUGGAGCUCAUCCUCCAGAACAUCUUCAUCAUCGAAGGCCUCCACAGGCACCCGAAGCUCCUCGCCCAGAAGAAGAGGAGGAGGAGGAGCAUCAUUUUCAAGCCUAAGAGAAAGACGGCUGCACCACAACUAGAGGAGACACAGGCCGAUGUUUCACUGCUAGACAGAAACACACCAGCGCCCCCUGCUGCUCCAGAGCAUGAUGGGAAACGAGCCUGGACCAAAAGAGCCAUUCAGGAGAUCUGUUCCUUCCUGAUCCUCUGCAACAUCAUGCUGUGGGUGAUUCCUGCGUUUGGCGUCCACCCACAGUUUGAGAACGGCCUGGGGAAACAGUUCUUCGGCUUCAGCGCCUGGUUUGUUCUGGUGAACCUGGGUCAGCCGCUCAGCGUCUUCUACAGGAUGCACUCGGUGGGAGCUUUAAUGGAGCUGCUCAUCGUUGCAUGACGACACGGCAUCGACGUGAAACCACACCAAACAAAGACUGGAUGUACAGCUACAGGUUCCCUGUGUGUAGUCUGGCUGAUAACAAACACUGGACUUCUGAUGGAUGUGAAACCACAGUCACCAGUUAGUCUAAUAAAGUCACCGUCAUUUACCAAAUUAAAA